AUUGUAGUAGAUCACAUUCAUACAUAUGAUAAUUGAGGUUAGUCGGAAGUCAUCAUGAAGUGUGUAUCUCUUGAAAAUUGUUAAAUCGUUCAGUACAAUUAAACAAAUUUUAUUGUUUGAAAAUAAAUUCAACACAUAUGGAAGAAGUUUUAAGCACUGCGUAUAAAAGUUACGGCUUUGUUAAGAUCAUUAAAAAGGAAGACAAUUCAAAGAAGCAACAUCGUCAUAAUUAAACAUGGGGGAUCAAGUUGAGCUUGUAAAUAUUCUAGAAACGGAAGACUUUCAGAGUGUGGAUAAUAUCAAAACUAAUGUGUGGAAUCAGAAACUUGCUAAAAUUCACAAGGCUGUUAGGAAAAAAGAUAAAUUAAUUUUACUCUUUAUAGUAGUGCAGUUAAUUUGUAUUUCUCUGACAGUUGCAUAUUUGAAUGCUUAUAUUGAGAAGUUUGCAAGACUAGAAACGCAGAUACAAGAAUUGACUUUUAAUGCUUCGAAAAUAACAAGUGUAGAUAGACUAGUUCAGAUAUCAAGUCCGUUGGGAACACAAUGCAACGCUGGCGAUAAGGGAGAGAAAGGUGAGAGAGGUGAUUAUGGACUAAGAGGUUUAACUGGCGUAUCGGGCGACAAAGGCGAAAUAGGAGACAAAGGUUCAAGUGGAGCCAAGGGACAAAUAGGAGAUAAAGGUCCAUUUGGAGAAAAGGGACCAACUGGAAUGAAAGGUCAAAAUGGAGAAAAGGGUCUAACAGGUGAAAGAGGACCAAUUGGAGAUAAAGGCUUAAAAGGUAUACAUGGCGAAAAGGGUAUCAACGGUGACAAGGGUGCAAUUGGAAAUGAGGGUCCUAGUGGCGACAAUGGUCAAAAAGGAGCACGUGGAGAAGAUGGCGAAAAAGGAAGUCCUGGAGAAUCAGUUCAGGUAAAGUCAUGUGAUGCUGGAUGGGAACAGUUUAAACAAAGCUGUUAUUACAUUGAAAUAAGAUCAACGAAGACUUGGAAUGAGGCAAAAAUGGAUUGUCGCAUUAAAGGAAGCAGACUUGUAAAAAUAGACAAUGCAUUUGAAAAUAGCUUUUUGAAAUCAUUUGCAAAAGAUAGGAAUGCACGUCACGUUUGGAUCGGAGCACAUGUUUCAAUGGGAGAACCUCAUUUUGUGUGGGAAGCUGACAAUACAGAUGUUACUUUUACCGACUGGGCAGCUCACCAACCUGAUAAUUCGCGAAAUGCCGAAGACUGUGUUCAUUUGGACUAUGGCCUGUCAAACACAUGGAAUGAUAAUAGCUGUUCAAAGAGACUCGGAUACAUUUGUGAAAAACAAUAUUUGUUGAAAAUGAGUGAACAAGUUCAACUGGUAAAUAUUUUACAAGCAGAUGAAUGGAAUAAAUCAGAACUUCAAAGAAGAGAUAGUAUAGAAACUAAUGCGUGGAAUGAUAAACUUGCUGAAAUUCGUAACGCGAGUAAAAAAAGAGAUAGAGCAUUUUUAGCCCUGACUAUAAUGCUGUUGAUAUGUUUUUCACUUGCAGUUACAGUCGUUGUCAUAUACUUGGAAGAGUAUAUAGAAAAGAGUUCGGAACUAGAAAAGCAGAUUCAUCAUUUGAAUACUUCUGGUUGGGAAAGAAAAUCUCAUUUGUCUAAUCAAUUAGGUAGUAGUGACCAUGGGAAUUUCCCUAAAGGUAAAAAAGGCUCUAGGGGAGAAAUGGGUCCUGUUGGUCAUAAAGACACUGCUGGUGAUAGGGGACAACAAGGUAAAAAAGGAGAAACUGGAAACAAAGGUUCAGCUGGAAGUAAGGGACAACUCGGAGAUGUAGGUCCUAUAGGAGGAAAAGGACAAAAUGGUACGAAAGGAUCAAAAGGAGAAAAGGGCAUGAGUGGCGAAAAAGGACUACUGGGAGAAAAGGGUGCAGUUGGUGCAAACGGUUCGGCUGGCGACAAAGGUACCAUUGGAGAUGAAGGUCCAAGUGGACAAAAAGGGGAAGUCGGAGAAAAAGGUGCACUUGGUGCAAAAGGUCAUAAUGGAAACAAAGGAGUAGAUGGUGAAAUGGGAAGGCCGGGUGAAAUGGGCCAGACUGGUCUAGUUGGACCUACCGAAAGGAAAGGUUCGAUUAGCGAAAAAGGACCAACUGGCGAUAAAGGACCGAAGGGAGAAAUUGGACUUGCUGGCCAAAAAGGUGAAAAGGGUAUCAGAGGUGACAAAGGUUUAGUGGGAAAUAUGGGUCCAGUUGGCGACAAGGGACAAAUAGGAGCACGAGGACAAAAUGAUGAAAAGGGAAAUCCAGGAGAAUCAGUAAAGACGAUAAAUUGUGGUUCCGGAUGGGAACAGUUUAUGAGAAGUUGUUAUCAUUUUCAAUUCAAGUCAAAGAUGACAUGGAAUGCGGCAAAAACUGAUUGUCAUAGAAAGGGAGGAUUCCUUGUGAAAAUUGACAAUACUGUUGAAAAUUGGUUCUUGAAAUCGUUUAUAAUUGUCGCUAAAAACCCAGGUCACGUGUGGAUUGGAGCUCAUGAUUCUGUACAAGAAUCUCGUUUUAUAUGGGAAUCCGAUAAUACAGUGCUAACUUAUACCGACUGGAAUCCAGGCGAACCUAAUAAUGCUGGUGAAGAAGAUUGUGUACAUAUGAGUAGUGCUCUUACAUAUAAAUGGAAUGACAUUCAAUGUUCACAUAAAUUUUCAUUUAUUUGUGAGAAACAUUAACAAUAACUAUGCUUUAAUUCUCCAACUUUUUUUUAAGUCUAUUAUGAGAGUUGCUCAGAGUUAUUCUUUGUUGAUAAAAUAUUGUGUUUCUUCAAAAUAAAAUUUUUAAAGUUUUCUUUUCAGUUUUUUUAACAGAA